AGCUCUGCGCCUCCACCGGCAGCGACACUGAGAGGAGAUGGCGGCCAGAGGGGGGUUUCAAUCGGCACCUACGGGAGGUGGUGGCGGAGCAAUGGGACCUGGACCACCGGUACCGGGAGCGGGACCAGGCAUGGGCCCCGGGACUCCUUCUGGCAGGAUGGGACCGUCGGCGGCGGCGCAGAAUCACAUGUACCGCUCCCCGAUGCCAGGGCCUGGAUACCCGAGACCAGGCAUGCCUCCAUCCAGCCGAAUGACACCUCAGGGACCUGCCAUGGGCCCUCCGGGGUAUGGCAACAGUCCAGUAUCUCGCCCGGUGAUGCCUGGCGUGAUGGACCCGUCUCGAAAGAGGCCUGCCCCCCAACAGAUUCAGCAGGUGCAGCAGCAGAACCGCAACCAGCAUACAAAGAAGAAGAAGAUGGCUGAUAAAAUUCUACCUCAGAGGAUCAGGGAACUGGUCCCAGAGUCUCAGGCUUACAUGGAUCUGCUGGCUUUCGAGAGGAAGCUCGACCAGACCAUCAUGCGCAAGAGGCUGGAUAUUCAGGAAGCCCUAAAGAGGCCUAUAAAGCAAAAGAGAAAGCUUCGGAUCUUCAUAUCAAACACGUUUAACCCUGCAAAGCCCGAUGCUGAGGAUGGAGAGGGCACGGUGGCAUCAUGGGAGCUUCGUGUUGAGGGGCGUCUGCUUGAAGAUACGGCUGUGUCAAAGUAUGAAGCCACCAAACAGAAGAGGAAGUUCUCCUCUUUCUUCAAGUCUCUGGUGAUUGAACUGGACAAAGACUUGUAUGGUCCAGAUAAUCACCUUGUGGAGUGGCACAGGACUGCCACCACCCAGGAGACUGAUGGUUUCCAGGUAAAGAGGCCCGGUGAUGUGGGGGUCCGCUGCACAGUUCUGCUCAUGCUCGACUACCAGCCCCCUCAGUUCAAGCUGGACCCCCGGCUGGCUCGUAUGCUGGGCAUUCACACCCAAACUAGACCUGUCAUUAUUCAGGCUUUGUGGCAGUACGUCAAGACCCACAAACUCCAAGACCCCCAUGAGCGCGAGUUUAUCAACUGUGACAAAUAUCUGCAGCAGAUCUUUGAGACUCAGCGAAUGAAGUUCUCUGAGAUCCCGCAGCGUUUGCAUGCACUCCUGAUGCCACCAGAGCCCAUCAUUAUCAACCAUGUGAUCAGUGUGGACCCAAAUGACCAAAAGAAGACUGCAUGCUAUGACAUUGAUGUGGAGGUGGAUGAUACACUAAAGACCCAGAUGAACUCCUUCCUGCUCUCCACAGCCAGUCAGCAGGAAAUAGCUGGACUGGACAACAAGAUCCAUGAAACCAUCGAGACCAUCAACCAGCUGAAGACUCAGAGAGAGUUCAUGUUGAGUUUUGCCAGAGAUCCUCAGGGCUUUAUCAACGACUGGCUCCAGUCCCAGUGUAGAGACCUCAAGACCAUGACUGAUGUGGUUGGAAAUCCAGAAGAAGAGAGAAGAGCAGAGUUUUACUACCAGCCGUGGGCUCAGGAGGCUGUCUGUCGCUACUUCUACUCCAAGGUCCAGCAGAGGCGACAGGAGCUGGAGCAGGCGCUCGGCAUCAGGAACACCUAAACGCAUUUUGUCCGCAGGCCAAAAUAAGGAGACAUCUAGUGUGUUUGUGUGCGUGUGUGCUUUUGUGUGUGCGUAUGAGGGAUGUUCAAAGUGAAGUCCUGACAGAGUUUUCUGACAAACUUAGAGAGAUAGAUACUAGACGGAUUUACUGUUUCUAUAGGAUGUCUGUUUUUUAUUUUCACCCUGCAGCCUGGCUGCUUUUGCAGUUUGGCUGCCAUUUCCACGUUUUUCAAUGUUUUUUUCCUCACAACACAGCUCGUAGUAUUUUUUGUGCGUGUACUAAAGCAUCACCUGAAAGCAUUCCUGUCAUUUUUGAUUUGUGUGCCCACACAAAAAUGCAGAUUGAACAUGAAUAAAAGCAGAGAGCAGAUUAUACCUGGCAACUCUUAAAUCAGCUGGAAUGUGUUGAUUCUGCUUUUGGCUUUUUACCCCCUUUUUUGAAAGGAAAUUUAAAUUUUCCACUCCUAACCAUCACUCAUUGUGUUGGAUAUUGUUUUAUAAUCAGUCGAGAUGUUUUUUUGCAGCACAUUGGCUGUUAAUGUGUCACUUUGUCUUAAGUUCUCAAUGGUUUGUUUGUGCUGCAGUCUGAGAGGUGUUUGAAGCUCAGUCUUGCCAGAAUAUUCAUCUUUUGUCCAAUCUAGUGGCAUUUACUAUGAAGUUUUUCCUUUCUUUUUUAUUAUUGAUGAUUCUUGUUUUAAAAUAUGUAUUAUAUCAGUACUUGUCUUGUUAGCUAGUACAGAUUAUCAAGGAAGUAGCUAGUAUGAGUACCUCUAGUCUAUAUAGUUUUGUAAAUACUGAGCAGAAAUAAACUGAAGAUGGAUGUGAAGUGAAACUGUAUCUCUUAUCCUGGCAGAUGUUUUCUUAACUUUUUGUCUAUGCUCAGAUAGUUGAAGCAGUAUUUAUAUUAUUAUUGGCCUUCGUUGUCAGAGCACAGUGACUUAUCUUUGCGACACAAAGACGGCGCCAUAACAUUUGACAAACCAGCUGAUCUGCAGGACAAAACGUUGCCUGCAUGCUGGGGAAAGUGAAAUCUUCUGCUUUUAGUUUGUGCUUUUUUAUCUGUGCAGAGAAGCCAUACACUUCAACCCUUCAACAAACUGUCAAAGUCAUAGCUUCUUCGUACACUGGCUGGAGAUCUGCCACCGCUUUAAGUUUGAUGGUUUAAAGAUGAGAUCCUGGCUAAAACUUUAGUGCGUGUGCAUUUCCACUGGUUCCAAAAAACAAAACACUAAUCUUGGUUUGAGCAGGGACAGGAUUAAAAUACAUGGUGGGAACAUGGGGAGUAAACUAAAACACUGGGGGAAUGUAGUAUUAUUUCAAUCUGCAGACUUUUUCAUGGACCAAACCUAUUUUUCUGUAUGUUCUUAUGUUAUAAUAAAGGCUAUGUAAAAUGUAA